UUCGGUUCAUGUAAAAAUCCAGACAAAUGCCAUGGUUUGUAUUUUAAGGAAAUCUUGAUGGAGAACCUAUUUCAGUCCUAAAAGCUCAAGGUCCUCACCGCUUCUGUCUUCCCAGUAUCCUUUGAGUGUCCCACCGUCAGCAUGUCCUCAGACGCAUCAUCUCCUGUGAAGUCCACCACCCCUCCUCUGUCCCCACUGUCUCCUGUCUCUCCAGUUUCCCCCAGCUCUCUGCGUCUGCCUGCCUGCCGCCAAAGAGACCGAUCACCCUCCCCCAUGAGGGGCUACCUGAUUCCCAGCCCCCUGCCCACCCGCCGCAACCGCACCUGCUCAGCUGCAGCGCGUGCAGCCGAGGGGCCGGUCUUCACUGGGGUCUGCAAGUGCUUUUCACGUUCCAAAGGACACGGUUUCAUCACGCCAUCAGACGGAGGCAAUGACAUCUUUGUGCACAUAUCUGACGUCGAUGGUGAAUAUGUGCCUAUGGAAGGUGAUGAAGUUAGCUACAAGAUCUGCUCUAUUCCACCCAAACAUGAGAAGAUCCAGGCCGUGGAGGUGACCAUCACUCAUUUAGCACCAGGCACGAAGCAUGAGACCUGGUCUGGAGCGGUGGUUGAAACAUAAGAUCCUCUCUUAACUCUGAACUGUGUGAUAGUGAUGUUAAAAUGGGUUUCUGUUCCUUUUCUGGGGGUGGGAACAGGGCUGAAUUGCCUUUAAGUGCUGUGUAACAUGAAGCCAUAAUUCCACGAAAAAUUUAAAAAUACUGCAUCUGGUUUCUUUGGGCAUAUCUAAAUUGCUAAAAUAUGUAGAUUUCCAUAUUUUUUUAAAUUUACUGAAAAAAAACCAAUGUCUGUGUUUGUCUACACAUUGUGAAAAUACCAUUUUGAUAAUUUCUCGUGUACAUGUGUGUUUCUUGGUCAUUUUGGUUCAAAGACCGUCAAGAACAAUAAAAGAUUACUCAAAAUGUCAGAUUUAUUUUAACAUUGAUUUUAUAGCUUCCUCAGACAACAUUUAGAUUUUAUGUAGAAAGCACAUCAAUUUCUUUCUGUUUGUACAACACAACUGUAAACAUCUGCAUUUAUUAUAUAGACCUAAUUGUUAGUGUCUGUAAAUACACAUUUCUCAAUUAAAUACGGACUUUGCCAAGUACAGACUGCUUUCACAACUCCGAUUGCUGCUAUGCACGCUGCCUGAUCGCAGCAUUAAAAGGAACGUUUAAAGACACCCAAAACAACAUGAAUUACAUUUCUACAUUACACUAACAUAUGGGACACAAUAUCACGAAAGAAUAACACCGUGUUAGAGAGAGUUUGAUUUUGUACAUAUUAAUAUUUGAUGCGGUAAUGUCAGAUAAGAAACUUGAUUCCGAUGCGGCUGGAAACAUUUUAGUAUUCACAGACAAAACUUACACAAUGAGCAUUGCAUAAUCUCACUACAGUAAGUACAUACUGGGGUUUAAGUGUUU